AUGCUUCUGGGCAGCCCGGCUUUCCACUUGGACAAAGAGGUGCAGUUGCAGACUCCACAGUGCGACCUGGACGAGGAGCUUGCCUUGGCGGAGCUCCGUCAGCAGGAGCGCCAGCAGCGCCAGCAGCGGGACCGCGAGCGGGCCGAGCGGGAACGGCAAGCUGAGGACGAGCUGCUGGCGAUGAUGCUGGCACUGACGGAGGUCCAAGCCGAGACGCAAAACAUCAUCGAGGAGCCGAUUGUCGACAUCGAGGAAAUCCAGCAUCGGUCCCUGCUGGAGGCACUUCGCGCACGACUGCCAGUAGCGGAGUGGUCACAGGAUGCGCAGAGUGCGGAGUGCGCCCUUUGCCUGGGCGAAUACUGCCCGGGCGACCGCGUGACGCGGCUGGGCUGCUUCCAUGCCUUCCACAGUCACUGCCUGGACCCGUGGCUGAACCGCGCGAGCGUCCUCUUCGGGCGGCCCAGCUUCCGGAAGCCGAAGCCCGCGGAGCCCGAGCCCAGCUGCCUGGACGGUUGCUUCGCGCGAUUCCUGGGCUACCCGAGCGGCAACACCAAGACCGCUGCUGUGACCUACAGCGAAAGAAAGGCGUUGACCUCUCUGCCUGCACCGCGAGAAUGGGCUGAAUUGCCAGCCGAAAAGCGAGGUGGCAUACAGGUGGAGGUCUGUUCCCACGCCAAGGAGUUGAAAGGCUGGAUCAACCAGGAUGCAGCGCUGGCCGUGCUGCCUGCAGGUUGCAGUGCCACGGCAGACUCCGGGCCGCUCUUUCUCUUGGGCGUCUUCGAUGGCCACGGCCGCCUGGGCCACGAGGCCUCGGAGACUGCCGCAAGGCGGAUGCCAGGCCAUUUGAGUAGCCAGCAAACGCAUCCAUCCCAGAACCCAGCAAAGGCCCUGGAGGAUGCCUUCCGGAGCACAGAUGAUGACAUUUACGCCAAAAUGGGAGCAGAUGUCGAGUACAGUGGCUCUACGGGUGUGGUGGUUCUUCUGGACAGAGGCCAGAACCUGCUCACCGUUGCCAACGUCGGGGACUCGCGGGCUGUGCUGGGUCGCCUUGUGGGCUCCACCUGGCAGGCAAUGCCGCUGACCACCGACCUGAAGCCGGAGAUGCCCGAGGAGCGCGAGCGCAUAGAGCUGAGCGGAGGCGUCGUUUGUCAGUACCGCGACACUGCUGGUGAAGAGGCUGGACCCUUCAGGGUCUGGGACGGGCCGUGCUGCGAGAAGCCGGGCCUAGCCGUGUCCCGAAGUUUGGGCGAUGGUGCUGCGCGGGCAUUGGGGGUGAUUGCGGCACCGGUGGUGACCAAGCAUAAGCUGCAGGGGCAGGAUAAGUUCUUGAUUAUCGCGACCGAUGGCCUUUGGGAUUCCGUGGACAACGAAGAGGCUGUACGGAUCGUGGCCAAAUUUCAGAGCAUGCCCAGUAUCGCGCUCAAGGCCCUUACGGAGGCAGUGCGGCGUGCUGAGGGGGACGAGUUGGUGGAUGACACCACCAUACUCUUAGUCCACUUCCGUGAGUAA